CGACAAUUUGGUGAAGUUUAGCACACCAGUAGCAUAUCCACAGCCAAAAAUAAGUAUGCGAGGACUUUGGUGGGGUGCUGUACUCAUGCUGACGGCUAUGACGUCACAGACGGGUCCGGCAUACAUGCCGUUUUCCAUGAACCUAGCCACAAGCCCGCGAUCUGUCCAGGUGCACCUCCUCAUGUCCCUGUCGGCCUCCCUUGGCGACUUGAAUUCUGAAGCCUCCAACAUCACCACCGCGCUCGAAGAUUUCCUCGCACGCGCAGGAAGUGCCAACACGAACGUGACUGUGGUAGAUGCGAAUGUGAUCGGUGUUUCUGAGCUGUCCUUUCAGUCCAAAGGCCGGCUCGAAGUGACGCUGGACGUGGCAUUGACCAACGUUGCGCCUCGCAACCAAAUUGUCCAGGCGUGGCACAACUCUGUCACAUGGAGCGGCGUCAAAACAAACAUUUCGUCGUUACCCUUGCGAUUCAACCUAUUCGCAGCCGUGUUUCCAUGGCAGCUGCUUUGGGACAGUUCGUUUGCUAGCAUUCCACGCGUGCCCGUUGCUCCAUACGUGGCCCUGUAUCUCGUGCUAGCUCAGGAUUUCGCCACGUCAUCUUGGUUGCGUAUACGUGUCAAGCACGCCAUCGCGUUCGUGUUGGACGUGUCUCCGGCCGCCGUCCACGUAUCCACGUCAUACCAUCCGCCGCCUAUGAUCUAUAGCCAACCUACGACAAUUGUUCAAGUCGUCGUGGAGCUGAUGUCAUCUGAACUAAGCUAUCGGGACCGAAUCGUCGACAACCUGCUUGCCCAAGGGUUGGCCUUACACCAGGCAAUUCUAUCGCUGUCAAAUCUAACGCUCUUGACGUAUUCUGUCGAGAGAGACGCAGAUGAAAACACGGCACCAGCCAGGUGCAUAGCCGUAUGGUGUUUAAGAUAUCAUUAGAACGUACUCGCUGCCUGGACUGCAACACCAUUUUUCUUCCAUGUUGACAAUGUUGUUGUUAUGAUAGUCCCACGAGUCACUUGUCAUUGGCAGUACAACCCUUGUUUUAUCGCACGCCGGUAUACUUUCCAACAACGUCGACGACCGAUGGAAGCAGUACCCCCACAGUGUACCUUCGUUCGUUUGCUCGCCAAACACCUUAUUCGUUGCAGACUAUCUACCAAGACAUUGAGAUUCUAGUCGACGCGUUGAAUGCAGCCACGACGAACCAGCCGACGUCAUCGCCCCCCGUGUGGCAAUUCAACCGCCUCGUGUUCUUACCCAGCGCCGAGCCAAGCCCCCCCCCUGACAACACGACGGACCUACCUGGCGCUUCCCUCGUCAUCGACAUGGUCGUGAACGCAGCCAAUGACCCCAUUUCGACCCUCUUGGAGCAAACUCAAAGCGUGGUGGCACUCGCCACGGCGUGGACGCCAGGCGGCGUCAACGUGGUGGAACCAGUUCCUGUAACAUUGUGGACGUCGCACUUGAGGUUCGCGUGCGACGGCCCACUGACGCACUGGACGGCCCAAGUUCGGGUGGCGUUUGCGGUCUUGUUUAACGUGAGCUACGACAACGUUCAGUGUGUGGCCGAGUCAACCACGGAUCACACGACGCUAUGGGAACUUCAAGUACGGGACCCGUGGCACCGUGCGGACUUGCUCACCCGCUUUGACGCGUUGGAGCUAUGGCACGACUCGUUUUUGCCCUUCGUGGACGCCCCCCCGCCCAACUGUACGGUACUAGAAGGAGCCGACGGGGUGUACUCAGCCCUCCCCACCCAGUACCCGUCGUCGGCUGCUCCGUGGAAGGGCGUUGCUGAAGAAUCUUCGCCCGUGUGUCUCGUUCGUCAGCUAGUGCCUCUGCAACGCUCGACCUCCGUCGAUUCGUACGGCAAUCCCCCAUCCGGGCCCUGUGUGACGAAGCUCUGCGUGGAGCUGUCGCUGAUGUCGACAGGAUCACCCCCGCUUGUGCUCGACUUGGUGGAGAUGACCCACAACGUCCAGUUUGUCAACGUCAAUGCGACGGCCCUACUGCUCGAUCAGUUUGCCACAUGGACGUUGCAAACGACAGAGGAAGUUCUAGACGUGACGUUAUACUUUCGAGUCGCAACUACCCAGCCCCACCAUGGACCUACGAGUACAAAUGACGUGGUGUUGGCAGUGCAAUUGCAUGUAUUGCAAACCGCCGACGUUCGAGAGGUGUCUGUCACUCCCGUUGUGGGGGGGCCCAUCCAUAUGACCACCACAAAGUCAUAUCAAGACACUGGAGGCUUAAGUCCACUUGUUGUUAACGUUCAGCUACCCCAUGUCGACCCCCCAACCUAUGCUAUCCUGCCCAACCCGGAAUGCGACUACCUCGUUCAACAGUGCCAGGGCUCUGCAGGAUGUGUCGACCACUACAAUUGCAUGCCAUACCUUGUGUUUAGCCAGCUCUUACUGGACGACGAAUCCACCGCAAGUGCUGGCACAAAGUCCGACUUGACAGAGACAGUGCUGGCGUGUUUUGACGACUCGUACGACGCCACAUGGCAGGUCCACGCAGCAGCCAUUCAAUGCGCUCUCUCUCGACCCCACUAUUUGCACCACACGUCGACGCUCAUGACGACGUUUCAACAGCCCACCAAGCCACGCCAGCGGUGGCAACUUAUAGCGUUAGCUACCCUAACUCUCACGAUGACUCUCCAAGACUCUUCCGUCGUCCUUGUCAUUGACCAAACAUCCGAUGAAUCGGCACUCGCCACACUGGUGUACGACCUCGUGAUGCCCGUGGCGUCCGCCGUAAGCGUCCGCAUCCACCCGACAUUGCUAACCAAUAACAACAAUGAUUUUCCCCAACUGGGCUGGGAGGUGGUGGUUGAAUACUCCAAUUACAUUGGAGCGUUGCCGCAAGUGGACUAUGAGGCAUCCAGCGGCACUGCAUCCUUCGACCAAAUCACCCCCCAACUCGUCUUGGCGGUGGUCUCGUCGCCGUACCUUCUCGCUUCGUCCACCUCCCCGCCCCCCCCUUCUCCGUCACCUUUGGCCAUCGUCGGGGCCAUCGAUCGAUGUGCGGCCUGUCACGACUUGACUCUAAAGUGCCUGCAAUCGGAAGCGUGUGCCGCCGUCGCCACCUGUGUCGGCUCAGCCUACCCCACGGUGUUUCUAUCGUUUCCAAUUGGUUAUGUCGACACAGUUCCUGCCGCCACCCUAGCGACUUGCCAGGGCCGAGCGCCGUCGGUCACGGCGUGGCGGCAAUUUAUCACGGCAACUGUAUGCUUUGUGCAGUCCAGCUGCCCGUCGUCCACCGACGCCGUGGACCGCAUGGCAUCGCUCACGAUAACGCCCGCAUCCCACACGUUGCGACUACCGAGGCGAGUUGACACCGCCCGCCUGGUGUUUCGAAUGGACGACGGCACGGUCGUGGCUUCGUUUACAUGGACAACGUACUGGCGACCGAAUGACCUGGUCAUGAGUCUCCAGUCGCAGCUGGCUAACGUCACCACGGCCACGACCAUCGACGUCGCACAUGCCGUGAGCCUCGACGGCGAUAACGACAUCACGAUUACUUACACCAACCACAUCGGCCAGUUGCCACACCUGGUCGUGCUCACGUCCCGCCAAAGCCUCGACCGUCCAAUUGAAGCCACACAGGCCACGCUGGUCAAGACCGUCCAACCCCUCGACCUGUCCCAGUACAAGGUCGCUCCGUCGCCGUGUCCGUGCGGGUCGUUCAGCACGGCGUUCUACGCCGAGAUGGUGUCGUCGGCCACGUCGUUGGGACUGUCGCAGCCGUUCGUGGAUAUUUCAAGCGUUCUCGAGGCGGCCGCUCCGUCGGACGCGGCGGUCACGUCCUGCUUUGCCGCCCUCUCGUGCCCCUUGACGCCCCCCCAGCCCCACACUGCCGUCUUGUUCACGCUGACCCCGACCUCCGUGACCCUGCUUGUGUACCCCACCACGGACGAGGCAGACUUUUAUGCCGCCGACUUUACCUUUGGCCCCGUCCCAGCUGUUCUCUCCGUGUCGCCCAAUUCCACCGGCUCGUCGCUGUUGGCGAGUCUGCUGGCGCAGGACUCUGCCACGUCACCGGGCGUCACAAUCGACCAAACAUGUGACAACGCUCGAGUGUGUCGCGUGGUGGUGCUGCUGCCCCACCUCGCGGGCCCAGUGCCAACCGUCGACGUCCAGGCCACCACGAACGCCAACAUCAAUUACUUCGUGAGCUACCCCCCUCCCGUCGACGGAUCCACCACACCUGCUGGACGCCGCCACCAGCGUCUGGAAUUGCAGCUAUUUUAGCCCUUAUGUAAACCUUUACUCUAUCACUCCAUCUAUUUCUACCACACCACAAGGACCUACGGAUUGCACUUGGAUUACUAACAACUAUUAC